UGAAGAGAUUCAGAAUGAGGAUACAGUCCCAGUCCACUCCUUGCUCCAUGGAAUUUCCCUUGUUUACCCAACUUACUGAGAUCACUUGCUUGUAAAUUAUGCUGACCCUGGCUGCUGACAUAUCAGAUCUUGUCCCUGAACAGACACCAACAUUAUUGCAGCAUAAACAGGAAGGAAGUGUAUCUUGUUGGUAUUUGCCAUAAAGUCAAAAUUCCUCACAGAAGUGGAAGCGAUGAAUGGUUGUGUUCCUGAACAUGAAUGUCAGGCUAUUGAAUUACGGGGGGGGAGAGAACUUGAGGAGGAAAAUGAGGCGGACCAUAAUAGACCUCUUAAUCCUGAAGCAUCUAUCACAAAUAAGGGGAGAGCCUACUACCGGAGGUCUUGUGGUGACACAAUUUUUUGGAAAUGUAAACUGUGGAUGGUUAUAUCUUCAGUUUUCCUAGGGCUGCUUCUAGUGAUUAUUAUCAGCUUAAUUCUUUAUUCAGAGGUUUACAUCGAUGAAGAUGAAUAUUGGGAUCCUGAAUCAGUAUCAAGUGGAAAUUACCGCAAUUUUUCUGGAACACUACAAGUAAAGUGUGCUGCUCAAUCAAAUUAUUCUGAAGAUCUUACUAGGAGGCUAAUAGAUGUCUACAGUUCAUCUCCAGCCCUGGGGCGCUAUUUUAUCACUGCUCAAGUGGAUUCCUUCAGACAUGAAAAUGCCACUGCAUUCUACCAGCUGGUGUUCUCCUUACCACCAGUGGCUGACGAGUUCAUGAAGUACACGAUGAGUGAAGAGUUUGUGAUGAAUGUCUUGCGACAAAAUAUUUAUGAUCAGGAAGAUACUUAUGAUCAGGAAGCACCUGAAUGUACUAAGAUAAGGCUUGAUCCAGCUUCUCUCACACUAACUUAGUAAUAGCGGAAAGACUGCUAGUUUACCACGGCUACUUGAGAACAUGUGCUUCCCGUAUCUAUUACCAUCCUGAGGAAUGAGAAUUACUUUAAUUAUUUUGAAACGUUUCUGAAGAAUUUGGCUCUAUUGUGAACACUUUACAUAAUGCAAUAAUGUAUGUAGCAAAUGCAAUAUAUUUAUCACAGCUAUUUACACUUUGAAUACAGCAAUCUCCUUCACUGCUGCCUGACACUUACUCCACCCUUCUCCAAUCCACUUGAAGCUUUGUUGCCAAAAAUCAUGUAACUUGAUGUUGAUCACCUUCAUCCACUUUUGCAGCACCUUCACUAGUUUUACAUUGCCUUUUCAAUUGACUCCAGAACUUGUUCUUUCCCUCAAGCUCCUUUGUAACAUUCCACUCUUCCCACCCUACUGCCAGUCACAUUCUCCUCUUUGCACAUGCCAAGUUGUCCAUGCAGUUGCCCCCUGAACUUUGUUUCCCACACUCACCUCCUGGCUUCUCUCAUGCUGACUGCAUCGACCAUACUUCAUCCCUCAACCGGAAAUCCCUCUCCAAACCCAUUUCUUGCAAACUGAACACACUAAAAUUCUUCACCGUUUUCCUGAUUUUUUUAACUGACCUUCAAACUUUUGCAUUAGUCUCUUCCAGAGACCUCUGUCAUGUUGCUCUCUUGUUCAUCUUUCCCUUUUCUCUC